GAAAACGGCAGAACUUCUAAAAGAGCUAACUGAAAGCGAUUGGCAACAAUUUUUCAAGAAUGGCAUCGACGUAUGCAAAAAUGUGUUGAUGCUGAAGGAAGAUUAUUUGAAGAUUGUAUGAUAUGUCUUCUAAAAUUAAAGGUAAAUGAUUAUAAACUACCAUGUUGUUUUAAGACAUUGCAUAGAAAAUGUUUAGAUAAAUGGUUAAAUAAUGGAGUAAUUAAAUGUCCACAUUGCCAAGGAAAUCCACUUGAAGGUGUUCGCAUAUGUUUUAAGUGUAGACAACCUAAAAGAGAUGAUGAGUUGGUAAACAAGAAAUGUUGCAAAAAUGAUAUAUGUAAAAAAUGUGUUAAUAUGAUGAAAACUAAAUGUUUUUGCAAAGAAUACUUAAUGAAAAGUAUUAUUUUCGAACCCAACCGUUUGUGUACUGAAUGUGCAUCUCAUCAAGGAAAGUACUCUUAUUCAUCUCGUUGCCCACAAAUUUAUUGUGAGAAGUGUUUUAAAAACCUAUGUAAAAUAAAUAAUGGAUGUUGUACUUACUGUGGUGAAGAAUUAGCGAAGAAAUCAUUUCCAUUUUCUUUUUUUAAGUUCUGAAUAUAUACAAUUAUAAUUAUCUAAAUUAAAAAUAUGCCAGAUUGUUUGACUAUUAUUAUAAUAUGUUAUCCUUAAAUAAGAAAAUAGCAUAACAUCAAUUAUUUGAACAAGGUGUGCGAAUAUGUACAAUUAUGUCCAAAUGAUGACAUAACUAAUACUCAUGUAAAUGACACAGCUAAUUUAUUUGUUAAAUAUUUUUUUUCAGCGUUUUCUCCUAUUUCUAUUGCUAUUUUUUCUUCUAUAACAGAAAAUUAAAUCUUAUUCUCAUCUUGUUUCUAACGUUAAUUUUCACCUAGAAUAUAUCAUUACUAAAAUUCUCUUGCAUAAAAAUUAUAAAUAAUUGGAUCCAGAAAAAAUCUUUGAUGACUACCAUAAAAAUAAUUUAUGGCUCAUUUAAAUAGAUUAUUGUUGCUUUCGGUAUUAUAAAAACCAGAUCAGUGAUAAAUUUCUAUUUCGAAUCAAAAUCUUUAAACAAUUUAAAAAAGCAAUUUAAAUUGUAAAUCUCCUCAACGCACCUUUUCUGUUUAUAUACAAAAUAUUGGUCGUUUAACAAUAUCUCCCACUAGUACUGUUCAUUCCACUUCGUUCAUUCUAACACCCAUUUCAACUGUACUCUAUAACUAUUCUAAUGAUAUAGUCCCUCUGAAUCCUAUGUUUAACUUAAUUAACACGUACACAGAAUUCAUUAUUACCUUAAUAAUGAAUUUUGUGUUAUUUUUUGUGGAGUUACCUUAACUCCACAACAAAUAACAAAUACCGAUUUAUUCAACGAUCUUUGUAAAUUAAUUAAACAUACUACAAAUUGGUUCCCCUUAGCUAAAUUGAUAUUUUAUUUCGCACCAAAAUUGAUAUACCAUGUUCAAUGUCCAUCGCUCUACGCCGUGUUCCCAACAACACAUAAGGUUUUUUCAUAUAAAUAACGUUGGUGGUGGUGGUCGGCGUAGGGUUUACUCAUUUACAACGGUUAUGAUUGUAUGCAGUAAUAAAUAUUGCGUAAAUGUGGCGGCGGCGGUGGUGGACGUGUAUAUUAUAAAGAAAUUAAACGAGUGUCCCUCUUCUCAUCCCAUCAGAAGAUGGGGUGGGAGUCCGGGGCGUGAAUCCCCUAUUUUAUCCUAUUCUUUUUAAAUGUUUGAACUGACUUGAAUAUAAAUUGCUUAAGUUAUUAACUUUAAAUUGAAUUAUCUGAUUAUUUAUAGUGUUUUUUCUGUACCAUGAAUUACUUUUCAUUAAACAAUUUUAGUUUUAUAAUAUUUUUCAACUCAUGACCAUUUUUACAUUUAAUAAUAGACAAGUUCGAUAAAUGUUUAUCUUAUCUUGUGUUAUUUUGGUCUAAAAUCGAUAAUUGUAGGUCUACUUAUAACCAUUUUAAUGAUAAUAUCAUUAAAAUGAUUUUUCAUUCAAAUAGAAUUUUUUCUAUGUAAUUCUGCAAUCUACUAUUAUCUGCGUAACUCGUCAUUAGAAUCAACUGGUUUUCAUAGUUCUUAAAAUACGACUAAAAGAAUAACCGUACAAAAAAAUUUAUAAUCCAUCAACCAGGAUGUUAAAAACAAAUGACAUGACAUCCAAUUCAAUGAAGUUAAAAUACUAAACAAAAAAGCUGAUUUUGGCAAACGAAUGUACAAAGAGGCAAUAGAAAUCGAAAAAUGUCCAGAGAAUUUCAACAGAGAAGACGGAUGGAAAAUGAGCAAAACAUGGUUACCCUUUAUACACGAGACAAAAAGAAAAUCAACUAACAACACUGAAAACAGUUCAAUACAAGAAAAAGUUACUAUCAACGUAAUUGAAAACUGUCGGUGCAGAAAAGGAAGACCAAAAUGCCAAGAAUGUCAAAAACAACAACAAUAAUCAAAAACAAAGUCGUCAACAAAAACAAGAUACCGUAAACAAUAUAAGUCAAAAACAGAUAUGAUAAACAACCGAUACGGUAAACAACCAAUAUGAUAAACAACCAACGUAUAACUGAUAACAAGAUAAGCCGCCAGUAUAGUUUCGGCCACCGAGCAGUAACUAUCGCUCCGAAGAUGGACUCUGUAAUGAGUCCGAAACGUCAGCAAUCAACUGCAAACAUGGAUAAAUUCUCAAGCUUUUCAAAUAACAAAUAACAAUAUCUUUAUACGUUUUAAUAACUUAUCCGAAAAAAUUACAAUACUAAAUUAUUAUGUAUCUAUCUCAUACUAAAAAAUCAUAGAAUUUUUAAUUACGAAUAAUGAAGGAAGUAGGAGUUAAUUUUUCUUUUGAAAUA